AUGACCUAUAAGGGAAAAGGGCGUUUCACUAAGAGGAAAAAGUUGAGCCCAAGGUACGUUGGUCCGUACAAGGUACUUGAACGGGUAGGUGCGGUGGCGUACAAGCUGGAGUUACCACCAAAGUUAGACGCUUUCCACAAGGUGUUCCAUGUAUCUCAACUUCGGAAAUGCCUAAGAGAAGAGGAUGAAGUGGUCGAAGAUGUUCCGGCCGAGUUGCAAGAGAACUUGACCGUGGAAGCAACACCUAUUCGGAUCAUUGAUCGAAUGGUAAAGGAAAUGCGCAGGAAGAAGAUGAACAUGGUAAAAAUCUUGUGGAACUGCGGCGGACGGGAAGAAGCUACUUGGGAAACUGAAAACAAGAUGAAGGCCGAUUUUCCUAAGUGGUUCAAGGAGAUGGGUGAAGAUCAACUUGAUCCGGAUUCGGGGACGAAUCCCCUUCAAGGGGGGGAGACUUGUAACGCCCGCGAUCCUGAAUAG